AUGAUGGAGAAAAACACGUUCACGAUUUUGCUGGUAGUUUUGUUUUACGGAGUUUACCUCUGUCAUGCCCUGGCAAUCCCUGAUUCUGCUGAUGAGAGGUUUUCAACAUGUUCAUUGUGUCAUCAGAUAGUGGACAAAACAUCCUCUACUAUACUCAAGUCAAAUGGACGGGAAGAAGUAGGUGUUCAAGCUAUGGUACAAUUCUGCCAGUUAUUGACAAGGCCUUCAGAAUUGCAGUCUUGUUCUGAGUUUGUGGAAAAUUUUGGGCUGACAGUGGUAGAUUAUGUUCUGUCAGGACAGGGAACUAAACAAGUCUGUGCUAAUAUUCAAGCCUGCUAUGCUGAAAACUUUGUCGCAGAACCACAUGUCAUAAAUGAGGUUGGCAUUGAAUCAGAGAUGCAGCAAAACCUUCCAGAGACGCAGCAAAAUCUCUCAGAGACAGGUGGCUUCAAGGCUGAUGCCCGCUGUGAGCUGUGCAAGUUUUUUGUCCAGCUUCUAGACAGUAGCCUGGCUGAGGAGAAGACCCUGGCUACCAUCAAUGGCACCCUCAUGGCCAUAUGCAACUCCCUCACUCAGCCUCUUCUCAAGUCUGUUUGUCUUGCCCUGGACUCACAAGUGAUUACACUUUUUGAACAAGGCCUGGAUCCCUCAACGUCUUGUCAGAAGACUAAUUUUUGUCCAGCAUCCAUUCCGGCAGAUAUCAAUGUCUCUGGCAUAGAGGGUUUAACAUGUGAUAUGUGUAAUAUCCUGAUUGAAGACAUUGCCAUACAUGCAAAUGUCAUGUCAGAGGAAUUGUCCGAGUUUUGCUUAGCUUUUCAGGUGUGUGACAGUGGUACUGGACAAAUGGCAGCUGACACAUUUAAUACCUUCCAUCACAAUCCUGGGGACUCGCUGGGCUGUGAAAUCUGUGAGUUCCUCAUCAACAUGUUGGACCAGUACAUAGCAAACAACAAGAGUGAAGCUGCCAUUAAUGCCACCGUCUUCAAGCUGUGCAAUGAUUUACCUGCAACAUUCCAGCCAGUGUGUUUCAGUCUUGCUCCAGCUGUAGUCUCUGCUUUGGCCCGAGGCUUGGACCCUGCCACAGCGUGUACUGAUAUCAAACUAUGUACAGGCCAGUCAGAACUGAACCAGCUGAUUCCUCAAACUCGGCCACAGCAUGAUGAAAUUGAGGCUUCUUUGGGCUGUGAGAUUUGUGAGUUUCUCAUUGACACAGCUGACCAGUAUUUACAGAACAACAAGAGUGAGGCAGCCAUCAAUGCAACCCUCUACAAGCUGUGCAAUGAUCUGCCAGAUACAUUUCAGUCCUUCUGUUUUUCCUACGCACCAAUGAUAGUAAGCCUUCUGUCAAAGGGCUUUGACCCACAGAAAGUCUGUACAGAAAUCAAGCUGUGCACAGGAAGUGACGAAUCAGCUGAGCACACCGUAAGUCCAGAGCAUCAAAGCCAAAAAGAUCAUGAUCAGAUCUCCUUGGGCUGUGAGAUUUGUGAGUUUCUCAUUGACACAGCUGACCAGUAUUUACAGAACAACAAGAGUGAGGCAGCCAUCAAUGCAACCCUCUACAAGCUGUGCAAUGAUCUGCCCUCAACAUUUCAGCCACUGUGCAUAGCCUAUGUUCCUCAGAUAGUGGCAGCUCUGGCUCAAGGCUUAGACCCUCAGAAAGUCUGCACAGAAGUCAAGCUCUGCACAGGCAAUAGUACCUCCAGCAGUCACAGUCACAACAAGCCUCAGGCUACAGCACAGAUCAAGGCUUCCUUGGGCUGUGAGAUUUGUGAGUUUCUCAUUGACACAGCUGACCAGUAUUUACAGAACAACAAGAGUGAGGCAGCCAUUAAUGCAACCCUCUACAAGCUGUGCAAUGAUCUGCCCUCAACAUUUCAGCCACUGUGUAUAGCCUAUGUUCCUCAGAUAGUGGCAGCUCUGGCUAAAGGCUUAGACCCUCAGAAAGUCUGCACAGAAGUCAAGCUCUGCACAGGGAAUGGUACUUCUACCAGCAGAACUCAGAACAAACUUCAGUCCAAAGUGCAGAUCAAGGUUACCAGUUUUGAAUGUGACAUGUGUGAAUUCGUUGUUGCCAAUGCUGAUGCUUACCUGAAGAACAAGAAUUUUACACCUGCUGAAGCCAAUAAUACUCUUUAUGCCCUCUGUGACAAUAUUCCUGCCUCAUUCAGGAGUUACUGCUAUUCCAUUGUUCCUAAGCUGGUGACAGUGCUGGUCAAUGGAGUGGAUCCAGUCAAGGCGUGUGAAGAAAUCAAGUUGUGCUCAGGAAACCUUCAAAAAAAAGUUCAGAGGAGGAAAAUGUCAAGACGAUUGCCUCUAAAACAACAGGCAGCAAGUCUGGAGUGCGAACUGUGCGAGUUUGUGGUAAUGGAGGUUGAUACUUACCUGAAGAACAGAAACUCAACACCUGCAGAAGUAAACAACACUGUCUAUCAGCUCUGUCAGGAUCUACCCACAACAUUCCAGAGUUUUUGUUACUAUUAUGCCCCAAACAUCGUCAGUGUUGUGGUGAACGGAGUUGACCCCCAGCAAGCUUGUACUGAAAUAAGACUCUGCUCAGGGGCACAGGACAACAAAAUCAAGAAAAUUCAGGCAGCAAGUCUGGAGUGUGAACUGUGCGAGUUUGUGGUGAUGGAGGUUGAUUCUUACCUGAAAAACAAAAACUUCACACCUGCAGAAGUCAACAACACUGUCUAUCAACUCUGUCAGGAGCUACCUGCAACAUUUCAGAAUUUUUGUUAUCAGUAUGCCCCAAUGAUCGUACAAGUUAUAGUCAAUGGUGUUGACCCGAAGCAAGCUUGCACUGAAAUCAAACUCUGCACAGGCCGUUUUGUUCCAGGGAAACCUGCAAAGACAGCCGUACAAAGCAAGGCAGCAAGUCUGGAGUGUGAACUGUGCGAGUUUGUGGUGAUGGAGGUUGAUGCUUACCUGAAAAACAAAAACUUCACACCUGCAGAAGUCAACAACACUGUCUAUCAACUCUGUCAGGAGCUACCUGCAACAUUCCAGAAUUUUUGUUAUCAGUAUGCCCCAAUGAUCGUACAAGUUAUAGUCAAUGGUGUUGACCCGAAGCAAGCUUGCACUGAAAUCAAACUCUGCACAGGCCGUUUUGUUCCAGGGAAACCUGCAAAGACAGCCGUACAAAGCAAGUUCUCAGAAAACUGUGUGAUCUGUAAAACCAUAGUGAACAUCUUGAACGACUACCUGAAGGAUCUAGGAUUGUCUGCUGCUGACUUCAACCGCACAGUGUAUCAAGCCUGCAGUCAACUCCCUUACAGCUUCAGAACCAUUUGUUACUCUCAGGCACCGGCUAUUGUGAGCAUGUUGAUGGAAGGGCUAGAUCCAAAGUUGAUAUGUAUAGAACUUAACGUGUGUGAUGGUCCCCAGCAGUUAUUACCCUUUCUCAAAGGUUUAUCACAGCUGAAAAGCCUUGAAUGUGAAGCCUGUAAAGUGGCCUUUGCUACUCUGGAUGAUGACCUCUACAAAAAUGAGGACAAAGUCAAACAGCUUUUGGAGAAUAUCUGUCACAGAUUACCUCCUCCUACUGAUCAGAAGUGUCUGGAUUAUGUGGACAACAAUUUUGAUCAACUCUGGGAGAAGUUCUUGAGGAAAGUGCUUUCACCAGAUGGAGUUUGCAAACUGCUGAAGCUAUGUCCUUGAUUUGAUCAUACACUUAUGAAGUAAAUUAGAUGAUGAGUAACAAGAAAUGACACAAAAAUUCAUUCCAUUCAUCAAAUCUAACAUUUCACACUUCAAACAGAUCUCCCGAGGAAAAUUUCUGAGAAACAUUCCAGAUUAAUGUUUAUACCUGUAAUUAUUUGUUACAAAGUCAGGGGCCUCCGUGGCUCAGUCGGUUAGCGUGCUAGCGCAGCGUAGUGACCCAGAAGCCUCUCACCAAUGCAGUUCAAGUCCAGUUCAUGGUGGCUUCCUCUCCGGCCGUAAGUGGGAAGGUCUGACAGCAACCUGCAGAUGGUCGUGGGUUUCCCCCGGGCUUUGCCCGGUUUCCUCUCACCAUAAUGCUGGCCGCCAUCGUAUAAGUGAAAUAUUCUUGAGUACGGCGUAAAACACCAAUCAAAUAAAAUAAAUAAAUAAAUGUUAAAAAGUCAUUGAUAGGUUAUGUAACCUAUACUGACUACAGUUUCUAUGGGGGGGGGGAAAACUAGGCUGUCAUCUUACUGUCAGUGCCAUAUUGAGUGAGACAUGAAGCAAGUCAGUGUUAUCAGAAUAGGAGAAGUCAGAGUGCCUGAUAUUUAUAGUUUAAUCUAAAUCAUUUUCCCACUGAUUUGGACUCCUUUUGCCAAAGAAUGCACCAUAUGUCAAGUUUCCCCUGUAUGAAAUGUGAACAAUAAUACAGAAGUAGUCUGAAGUGGAGCAUUAUUGAAAUAGCACUGAAUAAAUCAGUGGUUAAUUUGUUGCAUAAAACCUGAUUUGCUCAGCACAUCGAUAUCUACCUAUC